CGCGAUAGUACACCGUAGCUUUGAGUGAAGGAAUGAAAACAUUACGAAAAGGCUAACCUGACACUUGAAUCGGAAUUGACUGAAUUGAGGCAGAACAACUUGAUUCCCUGAAGACAUCCUCCACAUGUGAAGCUCUUCACUGGCUCACAGUAUUUCGUCCUCUCUGCCCCCACUGUCUUCAAUGAUGUUGGUGAGCUUGAUCGUCUCUGCAGCAGUUCCUCGUUAAGGGCCAUUUCCUAUUGCCUUCUGUGGAUUUCUGCCCAGAUCUCAAUGUCUCCCUUCCUUCACACUUUACCACCCUGAGUCUGGAAACGUCACCUCUCCUGAGUCGAACCAGUGAGUCUACCCCAUUCGGUCCCUGGUUGAACAGUCCACCUGCAUCCACUCCCUCCACCCUAAGGCCAUGCUGUUCUCCCUGCGGGAGCUGGUCCAAUGGCUGGGCUUUGCCACGUUCGAGCUCUUCCUCCACCUUGGGGCUCUGCUGGUCUUCAGUGUGCUAGUAGCGCUGCAGGCUGACCGGUUUGCCCCUGGCAUGAGCUGGUGGAUGGUCUUCGUCCCUCUGUUUGCCGCGGAUGGCCUGAGCACCUACUUCACGGCCAUCGUGUCAAUCCGGCUGUACCAGGAGAAUGAGAAAAGGCUGGCAGUGCUGAGGCUGCUGUGGGUGCUGACAGUGCUCAGCCUCAAGCUGGUGUGUGAGGUGCUGCUGUGCCAGAAGCUGGUUGAGCAGGAACAGGCACGCGACCUGUGGUUCGGUCUCAUCGUCUCACCACUCUUCAUCCUCCUGCAGCUACUGAUGAUCCGCGCCUGCCGUGUCAACUGAGGCCAUUGGCGGUGUGAUAAUGAGGGCAGGAACCGGUUAUCAGCCAUAGAAGAUCCAGGUUUAUUCAUAAUAGGUGACUGUUUUAAUUAACUGACUAUUGAGGAAUAGUUGUUGGACUAAUGGCUGGAGAGAUGAGGGUCACAGGCUACCCCUCCAUUUCUGACCUCGUCUGAGGACAGUGUGACAGAAUGUGUUUUCCAUGAGCAGUCCUUUGUCUGCAUGGCUCUCCGCUGAAAAUUGCUGCCUGUGGAUACCUUUUUUUGUAUUUGAUCUGUUAAGAACCUCUUGCUCAAGCAUGUAUUGAUGGCCUAAUUUUAUCCUUCAGUGUAAUUUAUUUCCUAAUGUGAUGCUGGGGAGGGACAUUUAGAAUUGAUGUAAUCCUCCUUUUGAAUUUGGUAAGAAUGUCUCCAGCUUUGUUAGUGUUUUAGUCCAUUUAUUAUUUUCUUGUUUUUGGUACCCUUGUUGGUGUUUGUAUAUAUGUGUAAAUAAACAUUUUAAGCUGGUAAAGUU